AUGAAAAUUUUUUACUUGUUUUUACACGAGACUAUUUUGGCUUGCUCUCAAUGUUCUGGCGAAGCGGAUGGGUGUUCUGCAAUGCAGCCUGACGAUUUUGAGCCUCAAGUUCAAAUUGCUUUUAAUGAUGAAACUGGAGAAAUGAUGACUGUAACUGAACCUCCAUCAGAAGAGAAAUUACGAGAGGGAAAAGAUGGAAAUUUAGGAUUUGGAAUGCAAUUCUGGGAUGAAAGAGUGGUGAAAUACAUCAACAUCAAACUCCUCCAUGACUCCCAAAAACACGUCAUUAAAUCUCGCGAGGUUGAACGCUCCGAAUUACCUUCCAACUCAAACUGGGCACUUGGAGUUUUCAACAAUAACAACAAACGACUCAAAUCUAUCACCAAAAUUCAACCGGGCGAGAUGACCAAUUAUGCUGGAUAUUCUAAGGACUCUAUUCAGCUGUUUGACUUGAGCAAAAUCAAAAGCUUUGAAACGGAUAAUUGCUGGGCUGAAAUGGUAAAAAUCAACGGCGAGUACCAUGGCUUCGAUAAAUGUGAAUCCAAGCCAGAAAAUUUCAAUCUUACGCCAAAGGAAGAGAACUGUACCUUGCUCACUCUUGAUUGUGAACUCAAGGAGACCAUUCAAGACGGAAAGGUUCAAAAGGAUCUCGAGUGCGAUCUUUUCUGGAAGUGCGGAGUCGAAAAAGUUGAAAAGUGGUAUCAAUUAGCAGAAACAACGCCCGUCAAGACUGCAGAUGUCGAAGACUAUGUAGAAAAAGAGAUCACCAAUAUCAGAUCUUUGCUGAACUAA